AUGUUUAAUAAUAUAUUACCAAAACACAAAUAAAAUAAAGAUAAAUUAUCAAAUAUGGGAUUCUUUGGAUAAGAUUGCAAUAUUUAAUAGAGUAAUUAAAUAAAAAAAUUAAAAAUAUAUGUAAAAUGCAUGUUAAAUUAAGAAUUAUUAGUUAUGAAACCACAUAAAAUAGGUAAUGUAGAAAAAUCUAAAAAUAGAUUAGUAAAUUCCAGAUGUAAAAAUUGAAUAUUGCAUAUAUAUAGAUAGAAAGUAAAAAUGUUGAUAAUAAAAAAGAUAUUUGAUGGAAAUUUAAGCAUUAUAAGUUAAUUUUAAUACAGAGGAAGAUAUUGUAUAAUUAAUAGCAGUUUGUUCAUUUGGAAUAAAAAUACCAAAAGAUUAAGAUUUUUAUUUCUUUUUUGAAUGUUUUGAUUUACUCAAUCAAAGUCAGAAAAAAUUUCGUUAGUUUAUUAAUACAAAAUCAUAAAAACAAAUAAAAAGAUUGUUGAUUUGUUCAAUAAUUAUGAAAUUCUAAAAAAUGAUUGAUAUAAUUAUUGGAUUAUAUGUGGAAAUGAAUUUUUAUAUUUUGAUGUAAUUGGCAUUAAUUACAAUCCAAUAUGAAUGUUUGGAAUAUUCGCAAUACUUUUAUUCGUAUUUUUUGGAUAAAUAAUAGUUUAUUGAUUUAAUACUUUUAAUUCUAAGCUGGCAUAUAUUAAAAGCAGAUAACUCAUCCUUAAUUUUAGAAAAUAAUAAUGAAUUCUGCUUAAGUGUAAAUAUAAUAGAUUAAAGAAGAUAUACUUUUAAUUACUUGGGGCUAGAAAUAAUUACAAAUAGGAACUUUAUUCUUUAAAUGUAUGUAUAAAAAAAUAGAGAAUCGAAAGAAACCUUAUUUAUAACCACUAUAAAAAUUUUAAUUUUAUAAGACACUAAGAAAAAGAACAGGUAAUUGUGAAAAUACGGAUUAUCCUCAUUAUUAUUAAUUGUUAGAUGAAGCUUAAGGAAAAUAGUAUUUAGCAGCUUAUCAAGAAUCUCCUCAUAGUGAAAUAUUGAUAUUUGAAAAAAAUGUAAAUAUUGUAAUUAUAAUUUUAUUAGUAAUUAUAAUAUAUUAAAUAUUCAGAAGAAUAUGUUGGAGUAAUUGAAAGAAAUUUUUGGGGAACAUAAUUUCAUAUUUAUGAUUAUGGAUACCCUAAAGAAGUAAGUGGGAAGAUUCCAAAAUAUUUUGGAUAAGAAAGAAGAGAAUUGAUUGUUAUUCAAUAUUAAACCAAUAUUAUGGCAAUAUAACCAAGGUACUUUUUAAUAUUUAAUUAGAAAAUUUACUGCAAAUAUGUUAAAUUUAAUAGAAAAUUAAAUUAUAUAAUUAGUUUAAAUGAAUGCAAUUUAUAAUGAAGAUAAAUAAUGUUAUCAAUUAAAAUUCUUUGGAACAGCUAAAAGAGCAUCAGCUAAAAACUUCGAAAUAAUAGAUCUUUAAGAUAAAAAUAUUAUUUAUUUAUUACAUAGGAAAGUAAAACUUUAUAUAUAAAUAAUUUAAGUUGGAGAAAAAUCUUUUUAAUUUAGAUUAUAAGUAUCCUAUCAGUAUGCUUUAAGCAUUUUGUUUUUCUUUAAGUUCAAUAAGUAAGAAAUUCUUAGUUUAAUGA